CAUCCCUGGUUGCCAGCUGAUCUAGCCCUGGUGUGCGGCGUAAUAAACAUACUUCCCAGCCACUAUUAUUUAUUGAUAUUAUUAUUAUUUUAAGGUGAUUACGUGAUAAUGACCAGCAUGCUGAGAGGAAUCCUGGCCAGGCCCGAAACCCAUCUGGCCUCCCGGCGCUACCUCAGCUCCGCAGCAGCACCAGGAACAGGUUCCGGAGAGUGUAGAGCUCUCGCCACACGACCGCAAUCGCUGCGUCCUCGUCCAACGGCCCUGACCGACGAGAUCAUACGUGUGGAUCAUGCCGGCGAACUGGGCGCCGAUCGCAUCUAUGCUGGGCAGAUGGCAGUCCUGGGCAACGGACCCAUGGGCAAGACCAUCGGCCAUAUGUGGGAGCAGGAGAAGGAGCACCGCCGCCAGUUCGAGCAGCUUAUCCAGCAGCACCGCGUCCGACCCACGAUCAUGACGCCGCUGUGGAACGUGGCCGGAUUUGUGUUGGGCGCCGGAACGGCUCUUAUGGGCGAGAAGGCGGCUAUGGCCUGUACGGUGGCCGUGGAGACAGUGAUCGUGGAGCACUACAACGACCAGUUGCGCCAGAUCAUGGAGUCACCCAACCCAGACAAGGAACUACUGGAGACCAUUACAAAGUUCAGGGAUGAGGAGCAAGAACACCACGAUACGGGCAUCGAUCAUGGUGCGGAACAGGCGCCGUUCUACCAGGCCAUGACCGAGGUCAUCAAGUUUGGCUGCAAGACGGCCAUAGCCAUAUCGAAGAAGAUCUAGUUAAGGAGCUCCCACCAGGGAGUCAUCAUCUGUAUAUAUAUACUACAUCAAAUUACCCGUGCCUAUCCGUUUCCCCUUAAGCAUUAAAGAUCGUUGAGUGUUUUUAGAACUAA